AUGGGGAAGGGAAACAAAUCAAGAAAUAACAACAAUAAUAACAACAAGCAACAUGAUAGACUUGUGAAACAGUCAUUGCGGCGACGUGCAGAUCGCAUGAAGCAUGGUGAUGCUAAAUGGAAACAAUCAUUCAAAGCAUUCAUGGAUCAACUGGAACCACAGGGAUUCACUAUAAAGGAUGUGGCAGGUGAUGGUAAUUGUUUGUUUAGAUCCAUUGCCGAUCAGAUGGAGGACAAUCCAGAGCAACAUAUGAAGUACCGCCAAAACAUUGUAAACUUUAUCGAGAAGAACAAAGAGAUGUACGCGCCAUUCAUCGAUGACGAGGAGUUUGAGACGUUCGAGGACUACAUCGUGGAGAUGCGCAAGAAUGGCAGCUGGGGCGGCAACGUCGAGAUACAAGUCUGUUCGCUCAUCUACCAGAUCAACAUCACCAUUCACCAGGUGAACCAGCCGCGCUGGGAGAUCAUCAACUAUGUGGGCGACAAGUACAAGACCAUCCAUCUGUCAUAUCACAAUGAUGAACAUUAUAAUAGUGUGCGACCAGUUGGUGUGGCGCGCAUGGCUGACGUGGGCAACAAUGGCAAUGCCCCCGCAGCAAUCGUGCCAAACAUGAGCGCAACUGGCAACACUGUAAAUAGCAAGAACAACACAUAUAUUGAUGAUGAGGUAUUCCAAAUCAUGGAGGCAACUGGCUGCACCAGUGUAAAGAUGGUCAAAGAGGCAUUGGAAGAUUGUGGUGGUGAUCCAGAUGCUGCAAUCGAUUAUCUUAUAAUAUUACAAUCACAGAUUAAUGAUACUGAUGAUGGUACAUCAACAACUUCAACAACUUCAACAACAUCCACGACAUCGACUACAUCAACUACAUCAACUUCAUCAACAACCAAAGUUUCAAAGAACCCUUAUAAGGGUAUAAAGAAGAAGGAACAGGAAGAUUAUUCAAGUGAGAAGGAAGUGGAUACAAGAAAUAUGAGCAACAAACAAAGGAAACAGUUGAUGAAGGAGGAAAAGAAUGCAUCCGAUGCCAAAAAGAGACAGAACCACAACAUCAAUCGUAAUGACAUUGUCGAUGACACCAAACUGGAUUUAGGAUCACUUCAUCUGUAA